AUGGCGGCGGCUAGUUCUGCUUCGUCGGCAGGUCGGAGCAAUCCAGCAGCAUCAGCAACUGCUAAUACACCAGCGAACCAGCUAUCCAACAUUGCAAAGCUGCUUGGAUCUCAUAUCACUUUGACUGUCGGCGACAAACAGACUCGGACUCUUUCCGGCAAACUGUGGGCCUAUGACCCCACCCUAGGCGUCGUCGGUCUUGAAUGCGAAGCCUCGCCGCUCCCAUCACAUCUGCUCUCGGCCCCAGCAGCUGCCGCUUCGGUAGCUCAAGCUUCGCAGACAUCUCGCAACCGCUUUGCGCAGCCGACCAAUGCUGUCGGCUUCACCAUCGUCAAAGUAUCCGAGAUCAAGAACAUCGAGUUCUCGCAGCAGACCUCCGAUUCUGCGAACGGUGCCGCCUCUGCCACCAAAGCUCUGGCGGAUACUCUUACACAAACCUAUCCCGUUUCGCUCAAGGCAGCUCAGUUGAGAGAGGCCGACGCCGUCAAACAGAGUCUCACAAAGGUAGCGCGCACCGGCAAGGAUGUCUCGCAGCUUGGACAGCAAAUCUUCGAUGCCCUUAGCAAAACGUUGCCUUGUCGAUGGCACGAGUCGCACAUUAUCGUCAUGGAAGAAGUCGUCAUCUCCGCACCUGGCUACGAUCCAGCUUCUACAAAUGUUCCCGGCUAUACCCAAGAGCAGCUUCAAUCCUUCAUCGACGGUACUCACAAGGGCAACGUACCUGAGGGUGCCCAGUCCAAAGCAAAUAGCUGGCAGCGCGUGACCAAGGUCGUGAGUAUCCAACUUGCUAUGGCUUUCGACAUCGAAAUGAAAAGUAUCAGAUUGCUGACAGCGACGAUCCGACUUGCUUUGACCGGACGACAGCUGCAAGGAGAGAGGCGCAAGAUGAACGCUGCAUAG